AUGCAAUCCUCUGUGGGGAGGAUUGCACCAUCAGUUUUCACCCAGGAGAUGCUUCAGUCCACAGAGCAGCGCCUGAGAAACACCAAGGAGGUGCACCGACCUCAGGUUCUUGAAUGGCUCGACACAAGCAACACUCAGCAUCACAAGUUUGAUCAUUACAGAGAAAUGUUGCUCACAUGGGCACACACAGGUGAAGACGUGCAUAUCAACUUGUGUGGGACUUGCGAGGAGUUAAAGAUACAGCUUCAAACUGAAUUUUUAGUGCUGAAGGAGACUUACAUCAACAUGGCUGACACUCAGACAGUGUCCCUCACCAACGGGAGUGACAUUCCUCUUCAUUACUGUUGGACAGUGUGGCGUAACCAGCAAGAGGAAGACCUGGCCUUGUUCAGGGAGAGCCAAGUGCUCCUGCAGGGGGGGGAAGAGGAGGAGGAGGAAGAAAAGGGGACUUUUCAGUGUGAUUCUGACCCCUCAGCUAUCCAUCACCUCCCGCUGCUGUCCGGAUCCCUGCAGAAGCACAGAAGCCAGGACGGCCUCCAGGCCCUCUGUCUUGGUUGUAUAACUGUGGAGCCAACGGAGGGGGAGAUAUUCCCAAACAUGACAAUGCAGUUUAAGGUUGUCUUCCAGCCUGAGGAGGCCAGACUUUACCAACACACCAUCUACUGUGACAUCACAGGUCGUGAAUCACGAUUACCUCUCACAAUACAGGGUGAAGGUCUCGGACCUGAUCUCCAGCUUAACUAUUCCAUAAUUGAUAUGAAUAAUGUGUUCAAAGGUGACAAAGAUCAUUAUGAGGUGCAGCUGUCAAACGAAGGGCUGAUUGAUGCUCCUUUCAGGUUUCUGAGCACCGACACCACAUUUGGCCGAUGUUUCUCCUUCAGUCCAGAGGAAGGUGUCGUUCCCCCCGGGGCCUGCCAGAUUGUGGAAGUCACCUUCGAGAGUGACAACUUGGGAACUUUUUCUGAGAACUUGCUGCUCACUGUUACAGGACAGCCUCGACCUCCAGACUUGACCUUCAGGGGUCGUGUCAUUGGUCCCACAUUUCAUUUUGAUGUCUACGAGCUCAAUUUUGGAGACGUAGCCUUUGGUUUCCCAGCUACAGUGACUUGUACCCUCUUCAACACAUCCUUUGUACCUAUGACCUUUGCCCUGCAUGUCCUAGGGGAUGGAUUAGAGUUUCCCAGUGUUAGUGGUUUCAAACAGGUGUCUGAUUUAUCUCUGAAGAACUGGCGAGGACAUGCAACCCGAGUCCGUCCUGUGGAGUUCACCAUCAGCCCUGCUGCUGGCUCUGUGCGCGCCAUGUCUGAGGAAACCAUUGAGGUGACGCUGUGCUCCAACACUGUGAAGACUUACAGACUGGGCCUGGUGGUGAAUGUUGAAGGUGUUGAUAAGGAAACGUUUCUUCCUAUCCAUGCCAGGUGUGUUGUACCUGACAUUACAGUUGAAACUCCAGUUUUGGACUUCCAAAUAUGUUACCUCAACCACCCCAAUGAGCAGAAAGUGAGGUUGACCAACUCUAGUGAUCUGCCUGCCUGCUAUGGCCUGCUUGAUCAGGAAAACGAGAACAAUCCACCAAUAGUUUUUGGUAGCUCUAUUCCCAGAGGAGUUAUUUUUCCUGGCAGAUCAGUAGAACUUCCUGUAUCCCUGGUGGCAAAGGCUGUAGGGAAACUGCAUUACUCUCUAUUUAUUGCUGUGUUUGGCAGCCUCCAGCCUCUGGAGGUCGUUCUGUCGUGUAUUGGGCAGGGACCAACUGUUCAUGUUUCAAGGACAAAGCUACAAUUUGGCAGAAUUUCGGUUCUGACAGACAUUGCUAGAACCCUGCAACUGUUCAACCAAUCUCCCAUUCCAGCCCGCUUCAGUAUUCGCAUGGACAGCCAAAGGUCAUUUUGGCGUGCUGAGCCCUGUGAAGGAGAAGUUCUUCCAGAGAGCCAGUUAGAGAUAAAGAUAGUGGCACACCUGAAGGACACGAUUCACUUCCAGGACAAGCUAGAAGUGUCCAUACAGGACAAUAAAACACUUAUAGUCUCUGUGUCGGCUACAGGAACUGGAACAACGAUCAUCAGUGACAAGCCUUUUGGGCCCAGUCUUGACCUGGGCACAUAUUUCAGUCAUAAUUUAUGCAAGUACUUCUUCAAACUGACCAAUUGUGGCCAACGAAGCCACCUGAUGUUCUGGAAGACUGAUGGCCUCCAUCCAAGGAGAAGCAUUCUACCCCCCAUCAGCUCUCACAAACAGAAAGAUACUCUGAGCCAUGGAUCUUUACUUUCCACUAACAGAGAACAUUCAGCUCUGAGCCUCAGCCCAUCUCGUGUAGAGCUCUUUCCUGGCGACUCUGUUGACAUGGUGCUCACAGCAUCCUCGGAUUCCCCUAAGAUUGUUAAAGAACGUCUGGUGUGCCACGGCAUCAUUGGCCUACAGGGCAGUCGAGAGACCAUCAUGUCUGUGAACGUAAUAUGUCGCUUUGUGGAGCCGUGGCUCAGUAUUUCCUCAAAGCAGUUGAAAUUCUAUAGAAAGAAGGUGAAAGGGAAGAGCCUGCAGCCUGCGUAUGAAAAGCUGGUUUUGAAGAACAUGUCACCCCUGCCUCUGUCCAUGGAGCUCUCGCUUGUUGAGCCUUUCUUUCUGUGUGAUGCUCAAUUAGAAAACAGCUCAAAUACAUCUAAGUCUUUGGUUUUAGGUGAUGAAAGUGAGGUGGAAUUGUGGGUUUGCUUUGAUCCAAACUUUUGUAAGGACCAAGUGUCACAGACUAUAGAGGAGCAACUUAAAAUAUGUUUCCUUGAACACCCACACCGAGAAACAGUGGCGCUGCAUGCCGAGGUCCACCAUCCCAACCUUCACUUCUCCUCUAUGGCCGUGGACUUCGAUUGUGUGUACAACGACCUAAAGACCAGUAAAAUGAUCACGAUCACCAACUCCUCCCCACUGCAUGUCUCCUACCACUGGGAUUUUCUGGACAACUACAAACAGAUUUACAUCAGAGACACAGCCAAGAAACAGAUGAAGCAGAAGCAUUCAGAGAGUCUGAGUGAAUCAUGGAGGAGUUCUUCUUCAACGCUCUCUUCGGUUUCCUCACUUCUUCCCAGCCCUGAGCCGGGUGCAGAUGAGCAGAGCAGUGCACCACGCCCUGCACAUGUUGAAGAGGUUUUCAACAUCUCUCCAAUGUGUGGUCUUUUGCAACCAGGAGAGAGCGAAGUGGUCACAUUCUCCUUCUUUUGUCAUGAGAACGUCUGCAGAGAAGUGGUUGCACAGUGCCAUGUAGCAAACGGACCAACAUACGAAAUCAAACUCAAAGGACAAACAUCAGGGAUCAGCUACAGCCUUGAGUCCACUCAUCUGGACUUCGGCCUGCAGCUUUUUUACUGUAUUGGAGAGGUUGAAAUAAUUGUGAAGAAUACUGGCAAGGUGGGCUUUAACUUCACAAUCAUACACUGUCAAAGUGAAGAUGAGGAGGCUGAUAAAGGAGCAGGACAUCGGAUUAAGACCCAAAAAGACGGAGGGCUGGAAAAGAAGAUGGAGGUCAGACCUGGGAGGCCCAUGGUUAUCCCAUCUGUGGGUUACAUUACUGCAGGCUCCAAACAACACCUUCGUGUGCUCUACCUGCCGGGUAUCCCUGAAGUUUUUGAGAAGCAGCUUUGGCUGCAGGUAGCUUCUCAACCAGCUGAGACAAUCUCUCUGACUGGCGUGGGAGUGUUCCCGAGAAUCCUGCUGAAUUUACCACGAAACCUGGCAGAGGAACGCUACAGUGAGGUGGUGCAGCGGGCCAAGGCAGCUGUGGAGGCAGAGUGGGGUAGAGAAGAACCGAGGCCUCAGAAAACAUCUGAUGGAGGAACAUCAGUAAAGGCUGAUUCUACACUAACAUUUGAGGAGCUGCUUCAGAUGGAAACUGAGACACUGCUGGUCAAAGAAAACGCUCUUGUUGUGGCCAAAAGCCUCUUGGAGCUCGGUGACUCACCAAGUAUCUCCUCACAGUGGCACAAACUAAGCAAGUCUGAGCUCCCAGAGUAUGUUCUGGACUUUGGGUUUGCCAUUCCUGACAAACCUGUAAGUCGGUCAAUAAAUAUCACCAAUAAUGGGUCAAUACCUGUGUCCUUCCACGCCAACUGCAAACGCCUUGCAGGCACAGGCUUUACAACACAGUUUGUCCAAGUGAAGAACAUGCUUUGUGGUGAAACUCAAACUUUCAGCGUUAAGUUUGAUCCUAAUGAAGCUAACCUGACGAUGGGGCAGAGGAACGUUCUUUUACCGAUCCAGGUUGUAGGUGGUCCUCAGGUGAAGGUGCGGCUGUGUGCAGUUGUCACCAUGCCGACAGUCACCGUCUCCAAGGAAACGUUGCAGUUUGACACAGUGCAGUGCAGCAUGUGUCAGAUACAGGCAAUACAGCUGAUGAACCCUGGACCUGUUCAGUGUCAGUGGAGUAUGACAGAGGAGGUGAAACCUAUCAAAAAGAUUGAUAAAUUCCUGCCCCUGUACGAGCAUAAAAAGUUCUUACAGGACCAGCAACCCCCUCCCACAGUGUUUGAUAUGCUUCCCUGCUCUGGUGUGCUGGAUCCUGGUGAACAUGUUAAUGUCCAUGUCAAGUUCAGACCUGCAGAGGGGUGUUCAUACAGCAGGCGGCUGGAGGUUCACGUGGCUCACAGCACUCAACAACUGUUCGUUACAGCUCAGGGACAGGGUGAGGAACCAAACCUUGAGUUCUGCCCAUCAGAACUGGAGCUGGGGCCUAGUCUCCCUUUUAACAUGGAGGCCGAGGCAGAGGUCACGGUGAAAAACCACAGCUUGUUCCCCAUCGAGUUUUACUCCCUGGAGUUUGACACACAACACCUCAAAGAGGAGGAGGUCCUUCGCCUGAUGCCGGGUUAUGAUGAGAACGCCAUGUUGCUGCUCCCUCCAAGGGUCCCUGGCGAGGGUCUUCCUCCAGAGCUGCUGGACUACUACAAAGACUGUUCCUCCCAGCUGAAAGAUGACGGUAGCUUCAUUAAAACUGUCACUGUCACAUCCACAGGGGUGUUUAGAUCCCUGGCCUUCUCUGAAUACCUUAAAGAUCCUGACAUCAUUUCAGAGUUGAGCAGAGAUGGAAACAGUUGGAGACUGGGACAACUGGAGAUAUUCCCUGAAUCCAGAGCAAUUGCCCGCCACAUGGGACUGGACCUGUCACCUGAGGGACUGGCAGAACAGAGCCGCAGAGGCAUAUCUAUUAUAGUACACGGAGCCCCUUGUACUGAUAAAAGCAGCAUGGCAGCUGCUCUGGCAGCUCACUAUGGAGCAAUGUGCCUGGAUGUUAAUGCUGUGGUCACAAACGUAAUUCAAAAUGGCACUUCAGCUCUUAGCCUUUCAGCAAGACAACUCUAUAACACUGCAGCUGAAGAAUAUGCUCAGAAAAUGACAGCUGAAGCUGCCCAGGAGGCUGAAGACACAACACCAGAACCUGUAGUGCCUCCUUUAGGCUCAGUUUCAUCAUCUUCACUUCAUCCUGUGGAAAAUCAUGCAAAAAAGAGUGAGAACAACUGCAGCAAAAACAUCUCCACAAUUCCUCAUCAGGAGACAAAAGACGAACCCAAUGACUUCUGGGAGUUACGAGUAGAUGUUGCCACACUCAGCAGUCUCCUGCCUGAACAGCUGCUUGUUGAUAUCCUGGUGGAAAGAUUUCAGUUCAUUGAUUGUCACCGUGGAGUAGUUAUUGAUGGCCUGAAGUCACUUUACACUCAGUCUCUAUCAAGCACACUUCAAAUUAUUCUGAAGGCCCUUAGCAACCGCAAACACAUCUAUGUAGUUAAUUUAUUUGACACCUACGUGGCCCUGAAGGCACGAGAAAGACAGCAGAGAGAAGCUGAAGAAGCCUUGCAGAAUGAGAGAGCCAUCAAGGAGGAAAAGUGGCUGAGGGAUCUGGAUCAGGAGACAUUUGACUCUCUGUCGGAGGAAGAGAAAAAACGUAUUACCCAGAGACAAUUGGUGGUACUUCGACAGCACAGACUCAGGGAGCUUGAACAGAUGGCAAAAGAAGAAGAAGAAAGGAGGCAUCAAAAGGAAAAGAGGCUGAAAGAAGAGGAGAUAAAGAAAAAGUAUACAAAAGGAGGAAAAAGGGACAUCAGAGCUGUUUCAAGGAAGAAAUGCUUGACGAACGAAACACAGUGUGGGAGGGAAGUGGUGAGAGUGCAGUCAAGCAAAGAAGCAGAGGAUCCAAUAAAGCAACCAGAAGAAACCAAUCCACUACAUACAGAGUCUCCUCAUCCACCAGACAAAAAAGAAAAGACAAAGAAUGACCUCCAGUGUCAGUUCAGUGAAUAUGAGCAGAGCCAGGUCGAGGUGGAGCACAUUUUGCAGCACUGGGACCGGGUCCAGGGCUUAUUGCUGGUCCCUGUUCCUUGUAGAGAAACCCAUUCAGGUCCAGAUGAUGCCAUGGCAGACAAACAGGCUCCUGCUGCUAAAAGGACUAAGAAAAGUAACAGUAAGAUCAUAUCUCCUCUACUCAGUCAACCAGCAGCUGUAGACAACAGCAAGGCAGGAGAUACAGAGUCUUCUCCACUCACUGUCCCUCACAUAGUCCUGAAUGUAACAGGAAGCUCCUCAGAGCUGCUGAAUAACGGCUCCCUGCCUCCUCUAGAAGAGGUUUUGGAUAAUUUAGGGUUGGGGCCAAGCGACCCUCCUAUCCUUCCUUUGACUACCUUCUCCGUUGUUCCUUUCCCGAAACUCAGAGAACAAUUUAAGCCCCAACAGACUUGUUUCACCUUUCUGGGUCCAUCAGUGGUGGAUGAGGAAGAGGAGAAGAAAGACACUGUAGAGGAUACACCAGCAAAGGAAAAGACAGUCUCUAGAAGCCACAAGAGAAGCAUCAAGAAGACCUCAGUGGUGAAAGAAAAAGAAAAAAGGGGCAGAGAGAGCGAGAAGAGCAAGUUUGAUGGAGCUUGCUUGCUUUCACAAACCUCCUCUGCUUCUGAAUUAACUGACCAGACUCAGCACCAAAGACAGUUGGAGCUGAAACGCAGCCAGAGCCUGACUGCAUUUCGCUGGAUUGUACCAGCUGGAGGUGAAGUUAUUCUGAAAAUCUGGUUCUAUUCAGAGUCCCCAGGAGUGUUUGAGCAGACCUUUAAUUUUGAGCUCGCAGGGAGCUGCAAACAUUACCAGCUCACCUGCAAAGGCCUGUGCACCUAUCCCUCCAUCUGCAACAAAUACACGACACUUUUUGCACACAGUAAGAAGGUGCCACAAGAAAAGGAAGGACUUCAGAAGUCCUACAUCAUUAAAGCUGAGUACUUUGAGUUUGGACCUUUGCUGUGCAGUAAAACCAGAGACAGAUUCAAGAAAAAUAAAUAUCCUGAGAAUUCAGAGAGGCUGGUAAUUCAUAACAAUUCUGGUUUAGAAGCAGAGGUCAAGUUCAGUUUUCUUCAGGACACCCAGGCCACUACAUAUCUGCUGGACCCCCCAACAAUGACCCUAGCACCUUGUCAAAAACAGGAGCUGACAGUUUGGGCCUAUCCAACAAAGCAGGGACAAAUAAAGGACAGUUUAGUUUGUAAAAUCAAAGACAAUUCUGAGGAUGUAAUAAUCAACUUCUCCUGCUGGGGUGUCCGCCCAGAGCUGGAGCUGGAGAGCAAACAUCUGCACUUUGGCAAAAUUCUUUUCCAAAGGAAGCACAGUUGUAGCGUGAUGAUGCAUAAUAAGACGGCUCUUCCAGUAUCUUGGAGGCUGCAGGGGGUGGAGGAUUUGGGAGAGGAAUUUGUGGUGCCACAGGCUCAGGGUGUCAUCUCAUCGCAUUCAUCCUUUCCUUUCACCGCAUGCUUCCAUGCCAAAAGGCCCGUUGUCAUUAAAAAGAUCUUACGUCUGGAGGUAUCUGACGUGGAAAACAUUCUGGGAAUUGUGCAAACAGAAAACAUACAGGUCACUGCUGAAGCUUUCGAUAUAAAUCUGGAGAUCACACCAGGUACAAACUCAGCUUUGGACUUUGGAACCAUCAGAGUCUUUGAAGAAACCAAACUCUCUCUCAGACUUGUAAACAGUGGAAAAUAUGAAUGUUUCUUCAAGUGUACAACUGAGCAGACCAACCCACCUCUUCCAAACCUGGAGUCCAUUUUUAUGGUGUCUCCACCGAGCGGCACUGUGUUGCCCAAUAAGAAGUUUGUAACACUGCUGUUCACCUGCAAACCUGAUAAGGAGGUUUUCAUCAAAGAACAGCCCGUGCUGACUUGUCAGGUUAUUGAACCCAGCCUUGGAAAAGGAGAAGAAUGCAUAGCCAAAAUAAGCUUCAAGACAUCAGUCCAGGCUGUUUUUUCCAGAUACAAGAUCUCUCCUGCGUGUGACAUUGACUUUGGGCCUCUGGUUUACGGCACCAAGAAAACCCAAAGCAUUACGAUAGAAAACACUGGACAUUUCCCGAUUGGUUUCACCAUUACUCACAUGAACCACCUCACAACGGGGCUGUUCUCGGUGUCUCCCUGCAGUGGAUCCAUACAGCCGAAGUCUCAGCAGCAGGUGACGGUGGACUGUGUGGCUGAGCAGCAGGGCAGCUGGAACCAAUGUCUGCUCAUAGACAUCAGCGGCCGGGACCCCACCCUUCAGCCUGAUGGGUUGCAGUACAGACUGCUGGCUGAAGUCUUUAAACCAAGCAUUCUGUUAGACAUGGCCUCCAUAUUUGAGGAACACUUUCUGUGCCACAACAGUGACCAGCUGUCCUCAGAGCAGUUCUGUGAUGCUGAAGGCAUUUAUGUCCUGAAAGAGAACAGGUUCACCUUCAACAAAGUCCUGAUUGGGAGAACCGCUCAGGCCCGCUUCCGACUGACCAACACCAGUAAGAUCUCCUGCAGGCUCAACUUGGCCAUCAAAUAUGCCCACGCUAAGAUGCCACGACAUAUGGAGGUGUUUGGCCUGCUUGCUACAAGUCUGAACAUCCCCGCUCAGUCACAUGCAUUUGCUGUGGCCACCUUCACACCACAAGUCUUGCAGCAUUACAGCGCUGCGUUCGAAGUCACAGUAGAAGGACUUUCCAGAACGACACCAACAUCCAAAAACAGGACGCUAGAGUUUGAGUUAACAGGAGAAGGCAUUCUGCCCAGCGUGUGUGUGGUCCAUCCAGCUCUAGAAAACAGUGAAGGAAGCCCAGUGAUACAAUUUGGACAGGUUUUGGUGGGCCAAAGAAAAACCUUGCCUUUGGUUCUGCUAAACGAUGGGAACGCCCCCGCUCAGGUCCAGAUUGAAAUGCAGGAUAAACAUGGUGUGUUCACCCUGCAAGCUGCUUCUGAAAACAUCAGUGUUCAGUCCACUCAGCUGAAAGACGCAUCUAAAACUGGGAGUCAGCUGGAGCACAGCUCCCAUCUGAAACUAAAACCAAAUGAACAGGUGAGUUUUGAGCUCAGCUUCUGCUCAGACAAACCUGUGGCUAUAGAGGCAAAGCUAACAGUGAAGGUGGAGGACAAUCAGUAUAACCCUGGGAUACAAGUGACAGGAGAGGCUUACUGGAAAAUCUUUUCGCUCAACAACAUUACAACAUCGACAACAUCUCUGCUGGAUGGUAGUGACUACAAGGUGCUACAUUUUGGUGACUGCCAUGUAGGCUGCACAUACCAGCAGAGUUUCACCAUGACAAACCACAGCAGCAGCAAGGUGCUGACAUUCGAGUGGCCUCCUGCUGGACCCCACAUCAUUUUCUCACCACAGGAUGGACAUCUUCAUGCUAACUGUUCUAAGGAAGUGACCGUCACCUUUAGGUCGGAUCGGCCAGUGACUCUGACCAACAAACCAGUGGGUUGUAAGGUUUGUCAGCUGGAGUCUCAGGAGCUAGUAGAGCAGGUGGCUGACUGGGAUGACCCACAGAGGACGAUGCAGCGGCAGAGUACCUCAACAUCUGCAGCUUCAGAAGCAUCUCCACAGCCUGAGAUAAAGAAGGUGUCACAGACAGAGCCUGAAUCUGUCCGUUCAGUGAUUGAGGGCUCUCAGUUGGUGUUUGAUUUGCACAUCAGUGCAGUUUGUGACUAUGUGAAGAUUAACUACUGCACCGACACCAUCCUCUUCAAAGACACCAUGAUUUUUCAAACCAGGAUCCACCAACUGCAGGUAGCGAAUGUGGGUAAGGUGAAAGUGGACUUCACCUGGCAAGUUCUCAUCGACUCAAGCAGCUACAAUAUGAACCAUGACCCAGAAGGUGAGACCUCCACCCCUCGACCGGGCAGCAGGACAGCAGGAGUACAACCUGUAGGUCGUCCUUCCAGCGCCCUCAGCAGCGUAUCUUCAAUCCUGAAUAGAAACCCUGAAUUACCUCCAUUCAAGGUGGAACCGAGCGCAGGAACCAUUCUUCCUGGUGCCACACAGAACUUCAGUGUUUGCUUUUCACCUGUGGAGGUGGCUCUGUUUCAGGGCAGGCUGCUCUGCAGUAUUCCUAACCUGCAGGAUGGUGAUCAGGCUCCAUGUAUCCAGUUUCUGGGCUGCAGUUUGCUGCCACAUUGCCACUUUGACCUGGAGGAUUCAGACUCCAUCAGAGCCAGUCACAGUCACCUUCUGGACCCAAACACCAGAGUUCUGGAGUUCAAAGCUGUCGGCUUCUUUACACCAACUACCAGGUGUUUCAAUGUGAUGAAUCCCACUAGUAAAAGUUUCUCAUUCAAAUGGACACGUGAACACACAGCUGACAGUCCUUUUCUUUGUCUCACAUCCUCUGGCACUGUUCUACCUGGAAAGAAAGAAGAAAUACGUUUUGAAUACGUUGCUGAAAACCAGGACAUGGUAGAGUCAUUGUGGAACUUUGUGAUUGAGACUCUGUCACUGUCUGUUCCCUUCCUGUGUGUGGGCACAGCUAGAGAACCAGUCAUUUAUCUCAACAGACCUCAUCUUAGUUUUGGAGAACUAGUUGUGGGUCAUAGUUGUGAGCAGAGAGUUGAUUUUGUCAAUGCAGAGGAGGAAGAGGUCCACUUCUCAGUCCUGCAGAUGUCUCUGCUUUCUGAAGACCAACAAUCAAGCCUCGUUGUGCAGCCCAUGAGUGGCAGAGUGGCUCCCAAAAACAGGUUACCUUUGUUAGUGCGCUUCACGCCCUGCUCAGAGGGACAUGUGGACUUCAGAUUACACCUGAAGGUGAGGGGAAAGCCAGAGCCACUAACACUGACUGUUAAAGCUCAGUCACUUGUCCUGAAUGCUUCACUUCAACUUGUGAAACCAAAUGGGGACUUAAGAGCAAUCGUCCCAAACCUCCAGGACACACUAGACUUUGGAGAGGUGGGGGUUUCAGAACAAUCCUCCUUUACUUUCCUGAUGUCCAAUCCUGUAACAUUCAACCUGGAAGUGAACUUUGAGCUGACAGGUCCCAAAGAGCAGCUUCAGCAUUUACAGACAAAGCCUCAAACUGCUGCUAUUGAGGUUGGGAAGUCACUGCAGGCAUCACUCCUCUUCUGUCCUCGGAGCAUCUGCGACCUUCAGGACGUCACACUGACUCUCAAGGUGACGCACGGGCCAUCAUUCACUUUUGCCGUUAAAGGCAGAGCAGAAGCACCAAACUUUGAAUUUUCCUCCACUGAGAUCAACUUUGGCAGGUGCUUUCUAUACAGACCCGGCAUGGUGCCGGCAACCCAAACUCUAAUGAUCAGCAAUAGAGGCAGCAAGGAUAUCAGGGUUGAGUGCCAGCUCAAAAACACAGCUUUCCUCAUCGUGGACUUCCAACCAGAUAUUCUGCGACCCGGUGCUGUGAUGAAGGUACCAGUCACCUUCUAUCCUCAUGAGGCACGUCAGUACCACAAAAAGCUCUCCUUCAACUUAAACAGCUGCAUCACACAUGUGGACAUACAGGGACAAGGCAUUGAAAUCAAGCUGGAUGUGAAAAAUCCACAACAGAAGAAGCUGAAACUGGGCUCGCUGACGUUGGGUCAGAAGGUGAAGAAACAGGCAGUUCUGGUUAAUCACAGCAGUUCAGAUCUUUCUUUCACUCUGACUCUGAGCACAAACACACCACUGGAUCCAAAGGUCCUGUCUGUCAGCCCAGCAGGGGAGCUGAAACUGAAAUCAGGCGGUGGCUCAUGUAAGGUGGAGAUCCAGUUCUCCCCACGUCAGCGUGUUCCUCCUUUCAUCUCUGAGCUACAGGCGGACUUUUCAGACUUCUUACACCCUCUGCUGACCGUGGAAGGUUGCUGCCAGGGUGUGGAGGUGGAGUUGGACCAGAACUACCUGUCUUUUGGAGCUGUAGUUCAGCGCUGCCAGAGCAGGAAGAGGAUCAUGAUAAUGAACACUGGUGACGUUGAUGCCAAGUUCCAGUGGAGAACAGAACAGUUUCCUGAAGAGCUGUCCAUCGUGCCGGUGAAGGGAUCCAUCAGCCCAGGGAUGGAGGUUCCCCUUGAGGUGACUUUUGCCCCGGUCAAACUCAGCCCUGACAUCAGAUAUGAGGACCUGUCCUGCUCUGUUGAGGGCUCCUCUUCAUCUGUCGCACUGACUGUGACGGGCUCCUGCAUCGCAGCUACCACCAACAAAGAGGUAGUGAAUUUUGUUUGUCCGGUGAGAAGCUCACACACUCAGAGCCUUUCCAUCCUCAACCCCACCGGUCAGUACUGCAACAACACACCUGUCAUCAAGGGCAAACAGUGGAUUGUUGCACACCACAUGACAUUUGAACCCUACCAAAACAAGUCCGUUGACAUCACAUACCAACCACUGACCAUGACAGCUGAUGGAAAGAAACAUCUGGGAUCAGUCUUUUUCUCUUUUCCUGGUGGGAGGGGGAUGCUUUACUCCCUGCAGGGAACUGCUGAACCUCCAAAAGCAGAAGGCGUCAUCGUGCACGAGCUGCCAGCCAAAACUAACCACAGUGAGGUGCUGGCUGUCAGCAACUGGCUCUCCAAGCUGCAGCGGUUCAGCGUGCUUCUCGAGAUCAUAAAGCCUGAUAAAACAGAUGCUACCAUGUCCCUGAAGGGACAAAAGUACAUUGAAGUCCCUGCUUUGGCCAAGCGGGAUUACACCGUGUCUUUCUUUGCACACAGAGAAGGAUAUUACAACACCAAGGUGACAUUUUGUAACGAGCUGACAGGAGAGUACCUGUUCUACCUCAUCAACUUUAAAGUCAAGUCUCCGGUCGUCUUGUCCACAAUCAAUCUGGAGUCAACUGUCCGUCGGGUAGCCUCAGCUACUAUUCACAUGGAGAACCCUCUGACCACGACUGUCUGCUUCACCUCUGAAUGUAAAUGUGGGGACAUCAGCGCUCCGACUCAGCUUACAGUCCCAGAGCAGUCCGAGGGUUCUUUGAGCUUUGAGUAUCUGCCUCUUCAGCCAGGCGAGAUUUCCACUCAGCUGACCCUGUUCAAUAAUGAGUUGGGUUAUUUUCACUACGACCUGCACCUCAGAGCUCUGCCCCCGCUUCCAGAGAAAACCGUCCACUUCGAGACAUCACUGGGCAGCAGCCACUUGGUCCUUGUUAAAUUCAUCAACUACUCCCGCUACAAAACUGAGUACUCCUGCGAGACUGAUUGUCCAGAUUUUGUUGUGGACAAAAGCCUGGCUGUUUCCCCGGGUUUCCAGCAGGGGUCCGAGGUGAGCGUGGCGGUUUGUUUCGAGCCUCAUCAGCAGAGGGUGAUGAAGGGCCAUCUCACCUUGUCCUCAGAAAUUGGAGGCGAAUACAUCUUUCCCCUGCAUGGGGUCUGUCGCCCCCCUAAACCUCAAGGCCCAUUUAGCAUCAAGUCUGGCCGCAGCAUCACCAUCCCCUUUAAGAACGUGUUUCUGCAAACCACCGCCUUCAGCUUUUGGGUUGACAACUCCUGUUUUACAAUCAAAGGAGAGAGCAGCAUUCCCUCCAAAGCGAUACAAAACAUCUUGGUGUCGUUCAACGCUCCUCCAGGAGAGUUUUCAGGACCGUGGUUCGGCAGACUGACCAUCUCCAGCCGGCAUUCUGCGGGUCAGAACUGCUCCUGGGUCUUCUACCUGAAAGGACAACAACCUUCAUCACCCUAA